AUGAAUGAGCAAUUCCGAUUUGUCAAUAAUACAGAUCCUAUGAAAACCAAACAACUCAACAAAGGGUUGGACCAAUUGAUGGAUGAAGGCGUCGCCCAGCUUUUUACCAAAGAAGACAACGGCCGUAAAAUCAUUGGUACUGUAGGAGCACUUCAGUUUGAUGUAAUCCAAUAUCGUCUCAAACACGAAUAUGGUGCCUCCUGCGAUUAUGAACCCGUCAACCUACAUAAAGCAUGUUGG